AUGGCAGACAACGCUCCCCCCUCUGCAGAAACGCUGCUCAAGGGCGCCGCUGCCCACCCACCCAAAACCGCCGAGGAGAUCGCCAAAGAAUAUGAUCUCCUCCCGAAGUUGAUUCCUUACCUCGACCGUCAUUUGGUUUUCCCUCUUCUCGAGUUUAUCAGCGGCCAGGACGAUGAAAACCUCGAGAUUACCCGCUCGAAAUAUGAACUUCUUAAGCACACGAACAUGACAGACUACGUCGCCAACCUGUGGCAGGAGAUCAACAACACAGACACAAUCCCCAACGAGUUCGUACAGAAACGAGAGGAGGUUCUGGCCAAGUUGCAGCAGUACCAGGAAGAUAGCGAGAAGAUCACCGAGCUGUUGCAGGAUGAUGCUGUCGUUGGAAAUCUGCGCAGUGACAAAGCUGCCAACUUGAAGUUUUUGGAGGAACAACAUGGCGUUACCAUUGAUAAUGUUAACACAUUGUUCGACUAUGGCCGAUUUCAAUACAGCUGCGGUAGUUAUGGAAAUGCAGCGGAGCUUCUUUACCAGUUCCGUGUUCUUUCCACGGAUAACGACAAGGUUUCGUCUGCCACAUGGGGAAAGUUCGCCAGUGAGAUCUUGACAACCAGCUGGGAGGCGGCCAUGGAAGAAGUCCAGAAAGUCAAGGACUCGAUCGAGACUCGUCUGUUCAACAAUCCUCUUGGUCAGCUACAACACCGUACCUGGUUGAUCCACUGGUCUCUCUUCCCAUACUUCAACCACGAGCCCGCACGAGAUACCCUGACCGACCUUUUCUUCUCUCCCGCUUACAUCAACACCAUUCAGACGAACUGCCCGUGGAUACUCCGAUACUUGGCCGCUGCCGUUAUCACGAAUCGGGGUCGCGCUAAUAAGAACACCAGCGUCUAUCAGAAACAACUGAAGGAUUUGAUUCGCGUUAUUCGACAGGAGGGAUAUGAAUACUCGGAUCCUAUUACGGACUUUAUCAAGGCUCUAUAUGUUGAAUUUGACUUUGAGGAGGCCCAGAAGAAGCUCGGCGAAGCCGAGGAGGUGCUACGCAGUGAUUUCUUUCUUGUGUCAGCGGCAGACGCCUUUGUCGACGCAGCUAGGCAUUUGAUCUCUGAGAGCUAUUGCAAGAUUCAUCAGCGCAUUGAUAUCCGGGAUCUAUCGACCCGUCUAGGUCUGGACCAGGACGAAGGCGAGAAGUGGAUUGUCAACCUUAUCCGUGAUACUCGACUUGACGCGAAGAUUGAUUACAAGGAGGGUACUGUCAUUAUGAACCACCCUCCUCAAUCAGUCUACCAGCAAGUCAUUGAGAAGACCAAGGGGGCUUUCUUCAGAACUCAAGUUCUCAGUGCGGCGGUUGCAAAGUAA